GUAAUUCAUUCUCUCUAUUCCUCAUCAACUAGCAAACAAAUUCCCCACACCUCUCCUUUCAGACUUAAAUAACUCGUCUUCAUCUGCAAAUUAUUCUACAGCAUAAUCAUCUUAUUCUCUCUACACAGUUCAUCCCUUUUCGUUUGCUUCAAUCCGAGGUAAAAAUGGUUUCUUGAGCAUUUGGAGGCCAAACGUCAUGGGUCUGGAAGGUGGGAUUUCUACCAAUCAUCGAAAGAAACAAUCUUGGAUUACAGUCUUGACCUUGGCAUAUCAGAGCUUGGGAGUUGUUUAUGGAGAUUUGAGCAUAUCGCCAUUAUACGUUUAUAAGAACACUUUUGCUGAAGAUAUCGACCAUUCAGCUUCAAAUGAAGAGAUUUAUGGUGUAUUUUCACUUGUUUUCUGGACUCUUACUCUAGUUCCUCUACUUAAGUACGUGUUCAUUGUUCUGAAAGCUGAUGAUAAUGGGGAAGGAGGAACUUUUGCUCUUUACUCGCUCCUGUGUCGACACGCCCGAGUCAAUUCACUACCCAGUUGCCAAUCAGUAGAUGAGGAGUUGGCUGAGUACAAGAAUGAUAAUAUGAUCAACUCGUCUUCUCCAAAUUCUUUUGGGUCAAGAUUGAAAACCAUUUUGGAGAAGCAUAGAGUUCUUCAGAAAUGUUUGCUUUUAUUAGCUUUGACUGGUGCAUGUAUGGUUAUUGGUGAUGGAGUCCUUACCCCUGCAAUUUCUGUCUUCUCUGCUGUUUCUGGACUUGAGCUUGCCAUGUCAAAGGAACAUCACAAAUAUGUAGAAGUUCCAAUUGCUUGUAUGAUAUUGAUAGGGUUAUUUGCCCUACAACAUUAUGGUACAAACAAGGUUGGUUUUUUGUUUGCUCCUAUAGUCAUUUGUUGGCUUUUCUGCAUCAGUUCAAUUGGCGUCUACAACAUUUUCAAAUGGAAUCCUCAUGUCUAUCAAGCUGUUUCACCUUAUUACAUCUACAAGUUCUUAAACAAAACUCAGACUAAUGGAUGGAAAUCAUUGGGUGGAAUCCUCUUAUGCAUAACUGGCUCGGAAGCCAUGUUUGCGGACUUGGGACAUUUUUCUCAGCUAUCAAUCCAGAUUGCUUUCACGUCUAUUGUUUAUCCAUCUCUGGUUCUGGCUUACAUGGGACAAGCAGCUUUCUUGUCUCGUCAUCAUGGUAUUGAGAACGGUUAUCGAAUCGGGUUUUAUGUCUCUGUCCCAGAGAAACUAAGGUGGCCUGUUCUUAUUAUUGCUAUACUUGCUGCGGUUGUGGGAAGCCAAGCGAUUAUAACUGGAACCUUUUCGAUCAUCAAACAAUGCUCGUCCCUAGGCUGUUUUCCGAGGGUGAAGAUAAUUCACACCUCUUCCAAGAUACAUGGACAGAUUUAUAUACCCGAGAUCAAUUGGCUAUUGAUGGUUCUAUGUUUGGCUGUUACUAUAGGUUUCCGAGAUACAAAACGCAUGGGCAAUGCUUCGGGUCUAGCGGUUAUAACCGUUAUGCUCGUGACAACUUGCCUAAUGUCUCUAGUCAUCGUCAUAUGUUGGCAAAAGAGCGUUGCAUUCGCGAUCCUAUUUGUGCUCUUCUUUGGAGCUAUCGAAGCGCUCUAUUUCUCGGCUUCGAUGAUCAAGUUUCUCGAAGGAGCAUGGGUGCCCCUAGUCCUCGCAUUCACCUUCAUGGCCAUCAUGUACGUUUGGCAUUACGGGACGUUAAGAAAGUACGAGUUCGACCUCCAAAACAAAGUCUCCGUGGAUUGGCUCCUCGGACUGGGACCAGGGCUCGGCAUAGUCCGAGUCCGUGGCAUUGGUCUAAUCCACACCGAGCUCGUCUCGGGAAUCCCCGCCAUCUUCUCCCACUUUGUCACGAAUCUCCCGGCCUUCCACCAAGUCCUCGUAUUCCUCUGCAUAAAAUCAGUCCCCAUUCCCCACGUUAAUCACGACGAGCGAUACCUGGUGGGACGUAUCGGCCCCCGAGAGCACCGGAUAUAUAGAUGUAUAGUCCGGUACGGGUACUGCGACGUUCAGAAGGAUGACGUGGAGUUCGAGAAGGAUCUCGUGUGUAGCAUAGCGGAGUUCAUACGAACGGAGAAGUCGGGGGGAAGCAACAAUACGGAGGAAAAUGGGAGGGGUAGAGAUGAAAGUGAGGACGAUAGAAUGAUGGUUGUGGGGACGCCUUCCACGCAUUUGUCGGGAAUUCAAAUGAGGGAGGAGAACGAGAAUAGUGGGAGACCGAGGAAGAGAGUUAGGUUUAUAGUCCCGGAGAGUCCAAAGAUGGACCGAGAGGCUCGAGAGGAGGUUCGAGAGUUGAUGGAGGCUCGAGAAGGGGGAGUGGCGUAUAUAAUGGGGCAUUCUUACGUGAAGGCGAUGCAAGGUUCGAGUUUAUUGAAAAAACUUGUUAUAAAUUAUGGGUAUGCUUUCUUGACAAGAAAUUGUAGAGCUCCAACAUAUCCACUAAAUUCUUCUCAUGCUUCUACUCUUGAAGUAGGAAUGAUGUACACUAUUUGACACUUUUUAUUUUGCUUCUUCUUGUGUUAUAGUAGUAAUAGUUAUAAUUUUACAUAUAGAAAAUGUUUGUGUUUAAACACCUUUUACAU